AUGCAAAUACGAGGUAGAUAUUGCACUAGCGCACUGACACUGAGAGUUGUAGCAGUCGAUUGUAGGUACCCCAACCUCAACGCUUGGUUCAAUCGUUGUAAAGAGCAGGAUUUCUAUAAGAAAGGAAAUGUACCCGGAUUAACCAUAUUGGGAGAUAUGUUGAGAAGCAAACUUGAA